GUCGCGGAUUCCCAAUGCAGGAAUGAAUGUAAACAAAACACAUCAUGAAACAUCUUCGACAACGUGAAACAGAGCCAGACGUGAACCAACGUGAGUAGAUCUGAAUAGAUCGAACAGAAGUGUUCUCUGUCUCUGGCUGUCGUUAAGAGUCGCGGCGAGUGGAAAAUUCUUCAGACAGUCUGAGUCUAUGAACAUUAUUGCUACAAAAUGUCCCACAAUACAACGCUUCGAGAAUUACGAGAUUCAAGCAAUGAGCACUCCUCAAGUGGUGGGAAUGAAGCUGAAAAGUGUGUCCAUAAUGAGAAGAAUGGUGAUAUAGAAAAGGAGAAUGAGGAGAACGAGAGCUUGAAGACAUCGCAGCCUAAUGCCCAAGUUAAAGUUGUUAUAGUCUUUCCUCGCAAGAAGCUCGCAGGAUCCAGUGCGAGUGAGGGUACUAGUGCAAAGGUCCCAGAACUAUCUACAACUCACACAGAGUCUGCUAAUCAUAUUGUUGUACAAGAGCACUGCUAUUGCAAAGAAAUACCCCCAGCUGAAGGCUCACUUCAAGGCAUAUUACAAAGUUAUUGCAAAACUGAAAAACCUAAAAACGAUUCUGAUAAUCAGGAACAAGUGCCUGAUCAAGUUCCAAGGGCAAAGAUUUUGAAGUCAAAAAAUGACUACUGCGAAGUUCCAGUGUGCAGGCAGAGGUACCCUCACAAACAGCUAUUCUCCAUUUCUUCAAUCAUGGUCAUCAGAACUGAAGUAUAUUUGAGGCUCAGAUGGACAUAUGACUAUUAUUCGCCAAAGACGUAUUACUCUAGAGUCUGCUUCUGUGAGGAUCAUUUUGAUGCAGCAGAUUUUGUUGAUCCAAAUGUUCGACCUCUCCAGCUCAAAGUAAACGUCCUUCCUCAUUUGCUGAGACUAAGACUGUGGAGAUGUGGCAAAUGGGAUUGGGCUGAGUACAUCCCUGGAUGUCCCUAUGCGCUUGAUAAACCACCAGCUAAUACUCCUAAAAUGGAAAUAGAGAGGUUGAAGAAAAAAAUACAACACGUUUCUCGUGCAAAAUUACCAGAGACAACUCCAGAAAUGCUCCCAUGUGAAAAUGAGGCUAAAAUUUGUAGUCGCAACCAAUCCUGUCGCUGCGGUGCUCCACCUGGAUCGGAAACACCUGAACCUGAUGACACUGAAGAAGUUUUAUAUUAUGAUGAUGAUGAUGAUGAUGAUAUUGAGGAAUUAAAUAAUAAACCUAAGGAAUCUCACAGCGAUGCUGAGAGUUGGAAGGACUCCGACCUGGAGGAAGAAGAAUUCCAGAAAGUAACUGAGCAAGCAAUCCAGUCCGGCAGAAAUGUGAGGACUAGAAGAGACUGCAAAAUUUCUGACUGGCAGUUUUUGCCUUCAAGACUGUUCAUGCCAAAGUCUGAGAAGCCACCGAAAUUGAAGAAGAAGAGGAAGCGAGACGUGGAAGCUGAGUCUGCUGUGAAAAAACUGCCAUGUCUUGAGAAGAAUGAUAAGUGCUACUACUGUGAUGAAUGGUUCCCAAACACUUUAUUGCGCAGUCGGCACAUGAAGAAUGUGCAUCCUGAGUACAAUCUUUGGAUUUGCGGCUUGUGCCGCAAUAAGCUUGGAAGCAAAAAGUCCUUUUAUCAACACAUGUGGAAUCACAUGAAAGCUGCUCACCAGUGUACAUUUUGUGACAAGCAGUUUGUGACCAAGAAAAACUAUGAAACUCACUGUGCCAAGCACUUGUCAGAUGCUGCGGAGAGCGAUAAAAUUCAGUGCCCUGUUUGUUCUGAGAGUGUGGACAAUGAAGAUGUACUGGCGACCCAUAUGCUGGGUCAUAGUCUGCAAGAAACUGGAAACACUGGCGACGAGCAUGUCAUGCAUCUUGAGGCUUUCAAAAUGAGCACCGACUUUAUGUCCACUCAGGUUGUUUACGAAACCAGUCAAAAUGAGUCUCCAUUGUUCACAAUUAAAGUGCUGGAAGAUCUGAACCAGCCAGUGAGUGUGGAGCCUGUUCAACAGGUGUUUCAGUGUCCAGAUUGUAUGAAAGUACUCGAGAGCCAACAACACCUCACAGUGCACAUGAUGAAUCAUGGGCUGACGUACAAGUGUGACACUUGCUGUGAAACCAUCGAAGGCUGGUCCAAUAUCCAUCAGCACAUGCUCAGUCACGUAGGCCCAGACUUCAGUCAUAUUGUAACCACUGAAUUGUGGAAACUUGCCAAAAUGAACGAAGAUAAAGGACAACAUUUGUACAAGCCAAUUAUUGGCUUCAAUGGAGGGAUUAUUUUUCGAUCCAAUAAAGGCAGAUUUAUUUCGAAGAAAAAUAAAAAAAAGCCUUCCAGCCGCAAACCCAAAGGUCUUGUGAAGAAAGACCGCUUGGGUGAUGAUGGAAACAUUCCUAAAUUCUUCACUCCUGGAGUUCGCCUUGUGGAUUUAAACCUGCUUGCAGUUAAACUAUGGUGCCAGUAUUGCGACGAACCUCUGUCCCUGAGGAACUGUCUGGAGGACAAACGAAACGUUUUCAAAUCAGAGUUAAAAAUUAAGUGCUUGAAGUGCGCUCAAAUCAGAUCAGUGCUCCUUUCCUGGAUUGAUGAACAAGGGAACACUGGAUUUUAUGAAUCUCAAAGCCCCGCCUCACGGAGAUCAAUGACAACCCUGCUUUCCAGAACCUGCAAAAAGGCUAACAUGAUCAUUGCCAAGAAUGCCAAAAGGCAGACUGAGUCAAUAGCCUGUGAGACGAAACGCAAAGCUGUUAAAGCCAUUAGACCUUCUGCAAAAACUAAAACGGAACCAGUCAAGAUUGAUUUGGGCUCUGUGAAUUUGUCCAAGUCAAGAGUGAAGAAGACUGAGUCUGAGAUUCCUGAUGAUAUUGACUUGAAAGGAAUCGCAGGGACUGAAGAAACAUUUACAUCAACGUCAGGUGCAAAUCAAGCUGAGGAUGAGACCAUGAAUGUGCAAGAUAUGGAAUGGGAAAACAAUGGUAAAAGUGACAGCGAGGACGAGGAAGUCGAAUAUAAGAAACUCCCUAAGAUUUUCACCGAGACGACCGUGACCAAAGCAGAUGGCCCAAACUUUCUGUGGAUUAGUAAUUCUCAAGACUCUGACAAUCAGGGUGAAUCGUGCGCUCCUGCUAAUGAAGAAAAGUGCCACUACUGUGAUGAACAGUUCUCAACCUACAUGAAGGCUCGAAUACACAUGUCUAAACGCCAUGAAGAGUUCCAUCGCAAAGUUUGUGGUCUGUGUGGUGACUCCUUUGAAUCUUCCCCCAUGAACACAUUCAACAGACACUUAAAAAAGCACAGGAUGGAAAACAAUACGAUCUGUGAGGUUUGCGGAGAUAGUGUAAUGAAAGUUGAACUGAAAAGGCACAUGAUCAAGCACUUACCAAAGGCAUUCCCAUGCCCCAUGUGUCCAAACAAAUCAUUCAAGUCAGAUGGGCAAAUGCAGAGGCAUGUGUUGAACGUGCACGGGCCUUCUAUGACGUGCGACUUUUGUGGCAAAUCCUUCACCAAUCGUGACAGAAUCAUAGAGCAUGUCCGUUACCACCUGUUCAACAAGAAGUGGACCUGCGAGCACUGCCCUGCCGAGUUUGAAAGAAAGGACAACAUGAUGACUCACAUGCGCAAUAACCACAGUUUCAUUUGCUUGGUGUGCAGUGCUAACUUCACCACGGCAGCAUUGGUCAAGCAGCACGUCGAGACUGAUCACACUCAAAAUGAAAUUUUGGCUCUUGGCCUCGAGGGAGAUUUAUUUGAGAGAGUGACAAGGUUCAGGUGUGAUUUUUGCCUUCGGCAUUUGGCAUCCAAGCAGUCCCUUGAUUUCCAUAUCAGCAGAACCCACAAGUCAACUGAAGUGACCCUCGACCACCAUGGUGAGUCUGCACAGUCCAAUUGAAAAUACAGCUGAAGAGAAAUGGAAUGGUCGAUGUAUCAAUAACCUAUGUUUAUUAUUUGAAAAAAUAAAUAAAGCUUAAUGCUCAUAAGGAGAUUGUUUUGCAUUGAAAGAGAUAUAUAAUGCCCUAUAGUAACCCAAGGACUUCAUUGUCUAAUUUUAAUGUCAAAAAUUUAAUUGGAAAUUUGUUAAGUACCAACUUUGCCUAAUAUCUAAACCAAAUUUGUCCAAACCAGAUACUUAAAUGCAAAAAAAUUCACAUAUUUUUAUGUCUUACUAUUUUUUGUAUCAAUCAGCUGUAAGCUUGCAGUAGUAAACUACUCAUUUUUUUGUAAGUCAAUACUGGUGGACUCGUGAUCAAUAUGACAAGCUGCUAAUUUGUAUUUGGUUGAAUACGAUAAUAGUGAAGUUCAAAGCGGCUUAUUGAAAUAAUGCCAGUUCCAAUCGCGCGCCGAUGCAUGCAAGCAGCAGUUACCCAAGGCUGCAGCCGCCAUCAGUGAGGAGUGCUUUCGGUCAGAAAUCCUUCUCCUUUCGAGUGGUUAAGCCAUGGAAAGAUCUGCCGCCAACCCUCAAGGACUGCUGCGUGAAAGACUUCUGCAUUUUGCAGAGUGCACUUGUGGCAACAAUAUAUGAAAGUGAUGAACAAUUAAGUGAUAGUAGGGCUCAGCGCGGCGUGAGAUAUAUUUGUAUUGAUCGUUUUUUCAUUAAAUACUAGUGUCCAUCAGCCCAUUCUUCUCUGUAUGUAAUUUAUAGACGAAAUUUAUAUAUGUGCUUUUAUGAUUUGUAGAGGAAGAAUGGUAAAUAAUUAAUUAAAAAAUUACAUUUUUCUAUUUUUGUCAAAUAA